AUGAAUGAGCUGUUUGAGGAGUUUGCGGAGGCUCACUCUCUCAAGCAUGGCUACAUUCUAGCUCAAACACUGUCACCAGUUCCGCCGCCCGGGCAGCCCAACAGACUUCGACAAAUAUCGCAAAGCACAAACGCUCUUGGCAGCAAGGGCGAGCUGAAGCAUUUCAUCAAAAUCAAGACGGCGCGAAAGGUGAAGCUCGAUCAUGACGAAGUCAACGGCUGGGUCGAGGUCUACGCCGCUUACUGGAAAGCUGUCGGUGAGAUUGCCGCCGGCGAGGAGGGAAGAUCAACAUGGACCAAGGUAUACGAGGCAUGGAAGGAGGUGACGUCGAUGCUCAUUCGCGGAUACAAUAAUUUUGGCUUUGAGGCAUGGACCAUCCCGACCCUGUACAUGGUCGGCAAGUACCUCCGACUCUUUGCCAUCAAGUCGGAUGCAGAACGCAGCAAGCAGUCUGAAGUAAUGCCGACGGGGUCCGCCGCCCUUAUGCAGGACGACUUUGACCCCGAAGCAGAUAAACAGGCUCAACUGCGCGACUGUGAGCAGCAUUUGAAGAGAAUAUUCACCCUUUGUCUCAAUGAUAGGGCUCCAUUGGAAGAAUCAAGAAAGUGGGGGAUAUACUACAUCAUCAACUUGCUGUUCAAAACAUAUUUCAAGCUCAACUCUGCCUCGUUGUCAAGAACAAUCCUCAAGACCCUGGCGGUGUAUAACCAGAAGGGAGACAUGCCGCCGCUCGAGUCAUUUCCCAAGUCCCAGAGAGUCACAUUCAAAUACUACGAAGGCGUUCUCUUCUUCCUCGAAGAGAAUUAUACAGAGGCUGAGAAAUACCUUGUCGAAGCUUGGAACCUUUGUCAAAAAGAUGCCAAACCAAACUCCGAGCGCAUUCUCACAUAUCUCAUUCCUUGUCGGCUGCUCACCAGCCAUGUUCUUCCUACCAAGCAGCUGCUGGAGCCAUACCCCCGCCUGCAAGAGCUGUUUCUACCCCUCGCCAAAUGCAUUCGGAGCGGCGACUUGCGCAACUUUGAUAUUGCCCUCCAGCAUGGAGAAGAUCAGUUCGUCAAACGCCGUAUAUACCUCACCCUCGAACGUGGCCGCGACAUCGCGCUGCGCAAUUUGCUUCGCAAAGUAUUUAUUGCGGGGGGCUUUGAUGAGCCGAAAGAGGGCGAAACGACACCGGUCCGUCGCACGCGAGUUCCUGUCGCAGAGUUCCAGGCUGCCAUUAGUAUGGGCAGCGGUGGCGACAGCAUAGAUACCGACGAGGUCGAGUGCUUAUUGGCAAAUAUGAUAUAUAAAGUGAGUCACAUCAUUGAGUAA